AUGGCCUAUUCUUCUGUUACUGUUCUUUUUCUAUCACUUGCUCUAUUACUCGUUGCACCUGCCAUCACUCAGGCCACUCUCUGUAAUGGCCAUGAAUCGCUUUGCGAACGUCGAUACGAUCAAGUGACCUAUCUAAUCACACACGAUUCAUACGCAUACGGAAAUAAUGUAGCAGCGACACAAAGCGAGCCAAUUAUCCAACAACUUAACAGAGGUGUCCGUGGACUCAAGUUCUCCGCGGUACUGCCAGAUAUUAGCAUCACAAACAAAAACGACCCACGCAGUCUGCAUCUGUGCCAUACGUCUUGCUCGAUAUUGGAUGCUGGCAGUGCCGUUGACACGUUGAACCAGAUUGGUGCCUGGUUAAAGGAAAAUCCUGGCGAAGUCGUCAGCAUCUUUUGGAAUAAUCUAUACAACUUGGAUAUCGGACAUCUGGCUGCUGCGUAUGAAGCCAGUACUGUUGUGCCUUAUAUCUAUACACACGGCAAUAACAAUCAGCAACAAUGGCCGUCAUUACAAGAAAUGAUCGAGUCAGGCAAAAGGCUGGUCAAUUUUGUUGAUGCAGGUGCUGAUACUUCGAAAACGCCGUGGCUGAUGGAUGAAUUCUCGCUGGUUUUUGAAACACCCUAUGAUAACACCAAUAUCAACGCUUUCAAUUGCUCAAUCGAUCGACCUCGGGAUCCACCAAGCGCAGACACCAUGAUGUAUGUUGUGAACCACUUCUUAUACGGCGUGAUCGAGCUUGGUUUCCAAAUUAAAGUGCCACAGCGUGACAAGGCUGGAGAAACGAAUGGUAACUCGCUCAAGAAACACGUCGACGAGUGCUCGGAGACUUUUAAAAGAAAACCAAACUAUAUCGAGGUCGAUUUUUAUGAACGAGGCAGUGCGCUGGAGUACGUCGCACAACUAAAUGGUGUUCAACCACUGCCAUCGUCAACAUCUUCAUCACCAAAGAAAGCAAUCAUUGAUGAAAAGUCUGCAGUUGAUGCGGCUAAUUACGAGCUAAACCGUUUGAGAUCUCUCGGCGAGCACCAAAAAUAA